AUGAUGGAUGUGAAUCAUGUGUUUAACGCCCCGCCCCAUCAACCCGUGCCGUUGGAAGUCGAGGUGCUCCUGAAACGCUUCUAUCACCCGGAAACGUCGAAUGAGGAGAAGCAAGGCAUCGAGGUCCAGCUACACAACCUCCAGCAGACAAGCUUCAAUUGGCGGUUUUGCAUCACAAACAUGAACCGGUUCGACAGCCAGUACUUAUGGUUUUUCGCCGCCACGACGGUAGAGUCGAAGAUUAACCAAGGCUGGGAGUUCCUGGACGAGUACGAGCAGUUUCAGCUGCGCCAAGGGCUGUUGGAUAUUUACACCAACUACCCGGUGGAUGUGCCGGCGCUGCAACGAGACAAAGUUGCGCAACUGAUUGCGUUGGCCGCACGCCGCCAAUGCCACAUAUUCCAUGAGUUUGCCAGUCACGUGCCGGUUCUGCUCGACCAGAAGUUCAUCCUCGGGCUAGCGCUCACACGUGCCAUCGGCGAUAGCGUAACACAAUCCUUGAAUUCGAUUAACUCCCUGGAGCAGCGUGCGUUCCAUCAAGUUAUCACCUCGCAUGCGUCCAUGCUAUUGCGCGCCCUAAAUAAAUACUGCGCCUUUUUCGUUGUGUGGCUGAAUGGCGGAGUGACGGAUUCGGCACCCGGUUCGAUCCAACCGGCCCGUUGCCCGCAGUACUCAUCGGAGCUGAUGCACGUCCUGCAGCAGUACUUCACCUGGGUCGAGCUGUCCAACGUAGACGCGUCGAUGAUCAACAAUGUCGCAUUUAUCUCACGCCGCUGGGACGUGAACCACGACAUGGCCAUAUCGGCAAUAGCGGCACUGUGCGAGCUGCAGUACCGCAACCAGAAGCUACUGCCGGAAACUAACAAGCAGAUGCUCAUCGCCAUUUACGAGCUGUUGCGCCAGCCCCGGCUGACAUGCGCCGACGAACUGUACCAGGACAAGGUGACGGAGGUCCUGCGACUGUUCAUCGAUCGCAGCUGGCCGUACCAAAACCCAUCGAACGACGUGCCCGUGGACGGGAUUUUGCGCCAUAUGCUGGAGUUUACCGUCAGCUCGUACGGUCCGAACGCGCUUGCGGAACGGCUCGCGAUCUGGUCGAACAUCUUCCGCGCCCAUUAUGAUCUCGUUGAUGGAGGCGAACACUCGCACUGGAAGCAUACUGUGAUCAAAUACGCCUACGAGCUCGUUGCUAUCACCAUGAACAAGAUGAUGUUCCGUUCGAAUCCCGACUUGGCGAGCCUCGACAAUGAAGAAGUCGACGAAAAUGCCGAGACGGAGCUGCAGCACUUCUACCACGAGUGCAUCGAGCUGAUCAUGAAGGCAAUCUUCAUGUAUCCUCCCGCCCUGUACGACAAGGUGCUGGAUAUGGUCGCGACCGACGAGUCCUGCCCGUACAACCAGAUCCUGCCCGUCUUCCAGGUGUUGAACCAGCUGGGCCAAGGCAACACGUACGCGAUGUCGGUAAUGCCAGCGACCCAAAUGCAGCACCGUCUGCGGGAUUUUGUCGCCAACAGCUACUUGAUGGUGCGGUUGAGCGUGUUCCUGUACGGUACGUCGGAUUCGCUCGAUCGGACGAUCCACCGCCUAACGGUUGGCCACAUCGAGCUGUUCGUGCAGCUGAGCGAGAGUGCACCGGUGAUUGCGGAGCUGUUUUCACGCUUGGCCCCGGUGACGCCGGAUCUGAUCGCUGGGGUCGCUCAAUUGCUGGCGGCAUUGAACAAGUUCCUACAAUUAGGGCCACCGCGUUUCGAUGCCAGUGCCCUGUUGAAACCAAGCAUGGCACGGAACAUGUCGAUCGCACCGAGCCAUGAGCUGAAGAUGCAGUUGCUGAUGCAGCUCCCGAAGUAUCUCGUACCGCAGGGAUGUUUCACCCCACAGCAGUGGAGACCCAUCACGAGUGCGGUCCUUAAUAUCCUUUUCAUGAUCGCGGAUUACGGCAUGCUGGGCCAUCAGACGUGUGCAACCGUGUUCGAUGUGCUGCAUCAGGCUGGCAUUCCAAGCUCGAAGCUGACGCAUCUCGAUAAAGCGACUGCCACCAUGCUUCGGCACGUGAUUUCUCACUGUCUGCUUGACAUGGGUAAUGGCACGAGUCUUGAUGAUUCGACGCAACCGAAGAAUGACGCACCGAUGCUGCUGGAGCAGUACAUUCAGUUUCUCGGACAUGAUCUGAUCGAGUUCGAGCCGGCACGCUGGAACACGAUGUCCCGUGCCGAUCAGGUGGCCACCGUCGCUAGCCUAUCGACUGAGAUCGAUCAUAUCACGGAGUUGAUGAAGUUUUUCGCGCUGUACAGCAACACGAUCCGUUGUCGGUUCUCGUACAUAGUGCAACCGCUGGUUGAGAAGGUCCUGAACAUCUUCCAGCGCACGAUCAACCUCACGAUGCUGAACGAAGAAAGCGCAACGGUUGCCAUCGUCAGCUCGUGCAGCCUCGUGAACGGGUUGCUUGAUUUUUGCCACGCCACCGUUUGCUGCAUCCAAACGCAGCUCGGACCACGCUACGUCGAGGACAUCGUCCAGCUGCUGCACGAUAUGUUCUGCGUCGAGCAGAUGCGCGGCAUGCAGCGGCUCCGUUCGCUCACGACGCUGCUCAACACCUUCCGCCACCUGGUGUCGCACCCGCACUACAUGAGACUGAUGCCGGACAUCGUGCGCAUCACCAUCGACGACGUGAUGCCGGUGAUAUCCGCCCGUGACCGUUACACGGAGAAAUCGGACGCCAGUCGGCACGUGGAUGCGUGCAGUUCGCUCUACAAGCUGCUGCACGAUAUGCUGCACCACCGUUGGCAGUACUUCGUCGAAUCGAACGUGUUGCUGCGUGCGGAAUCGGCGGCCGCUGGCGUUGCGGUUCCGCGCUUGCUCAACCAGCAGGAGCACUUUUUUGCGAUCCUGAAUGCGUACGGGUACGCGAUUUUGCACUGCCCGACGUACUCUGGGGUCGUGCGCACGGUGCUGGCCUCGCUGGAGAUGCUUGGCUAUCGGCGGAAUUUGUUUGCGUUGCCGUUCUUUAGCGAACAUAUGCUGGCACAGUUUAUGCGCUCGCUGCUCAAGCUGGUGCUGCUGGAGACGGGCUCGGUGUAUCAGGAGCAGGUUGUUCCGUUGCUGCACGCCAUGGCACGGGUCAAUGCCAGCAAGCUGAACAUGACGAUCUUCGAGCUGGGGCUUUGCACCGAUACGCAGCGACUCGAGCGGCUCCGGGACGCGAUGGACCUGCCAACCUUCCGGGCGCAAAUGGAUCAGCUCAUCAACGACUCGAGACUGUCUCUUCGCUGCCAUCAACCGUAAAUGGGGCCCUCGCUAACCCCCUUUAUAGGGACGUGCCGAUCUCAUUGCAUCUUCUAGCUGCUUCGAGCCAUACAAUGGCGGCCCUUCCAGUGUGACACGUGUGACGCUGUGCUACUUUUCCUUCCAAGGUGGUUUCUCCGCAAACCCU